GAGCUACAGGCCUACAGCCACAUCUCUUGGGGUGCCUGUGGGCCUGCACCAACGUGCCAACAAGAAAGAAAGAUUCCAUAAUCCAUAUCAUGCUUUUAAAUACCCUAAUCAUUCGCAAUGGAAGCAUGAAGACAUAGAUCAUGAAGAUGAUGAUCCCCAUUUUUCUCUUACUUGUCAUGUUUCAGAGCAUCCACACCAUUCAAACAUCUGAAUUUACCAUAACAGAGGCCACCAUCCAAGAUAUUCAAACAGCUUUUAAGCAGAACAAGAUCACUUCCAAGGAUUUAGUUAAGCUUUACAUCCAGGAGAUACGAAAACUCAAUCCAAUCUUCAGGGCUGUCAUCGAAGUGAACCCAGAUGCAGUUCAUCAAGCUGAAGUGGCUGAUCAAGAGCGAAAGGCUAAUGCCCCCAAGUCGCGUUUUGGGUUGCAUGGUAUCCCUAUUUUGCUCAAGGAUAACAUUGCUACCAAAGAUAAGCUUAACACGACUGCAGGAUCUUACGCUCUUCUUAAGUCGGUGGUGCCUCGGGAUGCUGGUGUUGUGAAGAAAUUGAGAGAAUCUGGGGCAAUUAUACUUGGAAAAGCAAGCUUGAGUGAAUGGGCUAAUUUCAGAAGUUCCUCGGCACCUAAUGGUUGGAAUGCUAGAGCUAAACAGGCAGUUAACCCAUAUGUAGCAACGUUUGAUCCAUGUGGUUCAAGCACCGGAUCAGCUAUAUCAGUUGCAACAAACAUGGCUACUGUAUCAUUGGGUACAGAAACAGAUGGAUCAAUCCUGUGUCCUUCAGGUGCCAACUCGAUUGUUGGGAUCAAACCCACAUUAGGCCUCACAAGCCGAGCAGGAGUCAUUCCAAUUUCCCCCAGACAAGACUCAGUUGGACCGAUGUGUAGGACUGUAGCAGAUGCUGUGUCUGUUCUUGAUGCCAUCGUGGGGUUUGAUAACAAUGAUGUGGCAACCAGAAAAGCUUCAAAGUAUAUUCCAAAGGGUGGUUACCGAAAACACCUAAUAUCCAACGGACUCGAAGGAAAAAGAUUAGGAAUAAUGAGGGUUUAUCCCUAUUUUGGCUUUGCUAACGACACUAAAACCUUGAAGAAAUUUGAGAAACAUUUUGCCAUAUUAAGACGAAGUGGUGCUACUCUGGUAGAGAAUUUGGGAGUCGACAACUUCAGUCAGAUCAGUUCAAUGCUCAUUGAUGAGACUUUAGUGCUAAUAGCUGAAUUCAAGAUCGCCCUGAAUGCCUAUCUAAAGGAGCUAGUGGCUUCACCCGUGAGAUCUUUAGCAGAUGUGAUAGCUUUCAACAAGAAAUUUGCCGAUUUAGAAAAGAUCAAAGAAUAUCCACAGGACUUCUUUUUGGCAGCUGAGAGCACCAACGGUAUAGGGAAGUUAGAGAAGGAAGCAUUGAUGAAUUUAACGAGAGCAUCAAAACAUGGGUUUGAGAAGUUGAUGAAAAAAAACAAAUUGGAUGCACUCGUGACACCAUAUGCAAACGGUUCCAUGAUUCUUGCCGUUGGGGGAUAUCCAGGAAUCAGUGUUCCAGGUGGGUACGAUAAAAAUGGCGCUCCAUAUGGUAUUUGUUUCGGAGGUUUAAAGGGUUCAGAGCCAACUUUAAUCGAGAUCGCUUACGGGUUUGAACAAGCAACUAAGUUCAGAAAGCCUCCUCCAAUCAAGUGAUGAAUACACGAUGUCUACAUGCAUAUUAUAUGCUCUUGUGGGAUAAGUGUCGCAGGACAUGGGAAAUUAUGAUGAUGUUUAAAAUGAACGUUAAAAGAAUAAUCACAUUGUGAAACAAAUCAUGUACAAUGACGUAAGAUUAACAAAAUAAUCAUAUUGUGAAACAUGAUGUAUUGUUUCACAUGUUAUUGGUUCUCACGAUUCUGAACAUGUUUGUAAUUCUGAUUUGA